AUGUCCAAGUUCGGUGUCCUGGUCAUGGGCCCCGCAGGGGCGGGCAAGACCACCUUCAGCAAUUCGCUGAUCCAGCAUCUACAAAGCACCCGCCGCAGUUGUUUCUAUGUCAACCUUGACCCGGCUGCCGAAACGUUCGCCUAUCAGCCCGAUCUCGACAUUCGCGAGCUGAUCACCUUGGAAGAUGUGAUGGAGGAGCUGGGCCUGGGUCCCAACGGUGGCCUCAUCUACUGCUUCGAGUUUCUCCUCCAAAAUCUGGAGUUCUUGUCCGAGGCCCUGGAUCCCUUGAGCGAGGAAUACUUGAUUAUCUUUGACAUGCCGGGCCAGAUCGAGCUCUACACACACAUCCCUCUCCUUCCAUCAUUAACGCAAUUCCUGUCACGCCAGGGCCCCCUGAAUAUCAACCUCUGUGCCGCCUACCUCCUCGAAAGCACCUUCGUCGUCGACAAGGCCAAGUUUUUCGCGGGCACCCUCAGUGCCAUGUCAGCCAUGCUGAUGCUAGAGAUCCCGCAUGUGAACAUCCUUAGCAAAAUGGACCAGGUGCGCGAGAUGGUCUCUCGUCGCGAACUCCGCCGCUUCGCCAAUGUGGAUGUGCAGCUGCUACAAAAGGACGAGGAAGAGGACCUGGCUGCGAGCGCCAACCCCAUGGCCACGGACGCGCUGAUGAGCGGCGGCUCCUUCAAGCAGCUGAAUCGGGCCGUAGCACAAUUGAUCGAUGAUUUCAGCAUGGUCUCUUUUUUGCAGCUAGAUGUCCAAGAUGAGGACAGUGUCGCUGGGAUCUUGAGUCACAUCGACGAUGCAAUCCAGUACCAUGAGGCUCAGGAGCCAAGAGAACCCAAGGAUGAGCAGGAAGUCAAUUAUGAGGAUUAA